CGCCGGAGGGCGAGGCGGCCUGGGUGCGCGUGCGCAGCUGCGGCCGUUGCUGGCGGGGCUGAGCCGAGCGGGGCCGGGGCGUCGGUGGCCUGUCCGCUUCCCUCCCGGCUCGCCCGCUCGGCUCUGCCGGGCCGCGAGCCUCCGCCGGUUAGCACCGUCCCCGGGCAGGGGAGGAAAGGGGGGGAGGGGCUCGCCGCUCCCGAAAUGUCGCAGACUGCCAUGUCCGAGACCUACGAUUUCCUGUUUAAGUUCUUGGUCAUAGGAAAUGCUGGAACUGGGAAAUCCUGUUUACUACACCAAUUUAUUGAAAAGAAAUUCAAAGAUGACUCAAAUCAUACUAUAGGAGUGGAAUUUGGUUCAAAGAUCAUAAAUGUUGGUGGUAAAUACGUAAAAUUGCAGAUAUGGGACACAGCAGGACAAGAGAGAUUCAGGUCUGUAACAAGGAGUUACUAUAGAGGAGCUGCGGGUGCUUUGCUUGUCUAUGAUAUAACCAGCCGGGAAACCUACAAUGCGCUUACUAAUUGGUUGACGGAUGCAAGAAUGUUAGCAAGUCAAAAUAUUGUGAUAAUACUGUGUGGAAACAAAAAGGAUCUUGACGCAGAUCGUGAAGUUACUUUUUUAGAAGCAUCCCGGUUUGCACAAGAAAAUGAGCUGAUGUUCUUGGAAACAAGUGCACUAACAGGGGAGAAUGUUGAAGAGGCCUUUGUACAGUGUGCAAGAAAAAUACUCAAUAAAAUUGAAUCAGGAGAACUGGAUCCAGAAAGAAUGGGCUCAGGUAUUCAGUAUGGAGACGCUGCCUUGAGACAGCUGAGAUCACCACGUAGAGCACAAGCACAAAGUGCUCAGGAAUGUGGGUGUUAAAGAAACAAAACACAAAAUCCCAAAUACUUACUUUAGAUACAGAAGCUGUCCUUGCAAAUGGUGUUUGAAGAAACAGGAAAGCUUGAAGGCUAUACAGUUUCUAGAAACAUCUUUCCACUAUCUACAGACAGAGCAGACCACUGCUGACAGAAAGGCAUGCUGCGUGGUGUGGGGCAAGAAUGUUCACAUGACACAAGUGUCUGCAAAGCAACUUCAUAAUUCGGUGGACAAUAUUAAGACUCGUACCUGUAUGUAAACAUUUUCCAUUACCUAUUUUUGUUCUUUCACCUCUAGUUUAAAUCAUUGCUAUAUACUGUAAAUAAUGUAACAGUAAAUUUACAAAGCAUGUUAUACUUAUGUAUGCUGAUAGAACUUUGCACUACAAGCAGUUUAAUAUUUUAUUUUUUUUAUCAUAUAAACAAAUUUAACUGAGGUAGGCUUUGUCAUGUUUGUUUGUUGCACAAUAGUUUAUAUUUACAACCUGAAUUAUAAAACCACUGGCACUGUCAGUGAGGGGUGUUGCUUUUAUUUUUUCCUUAGUUUGCCACCUUCUAACAAGCUGUUGACAUGACUGAUUCUCAGCACAUGGUUAGGUCCCAUACUGACGUUUACUAAUAUGUCAAGUUGGAAAAGUAAUUUUUAUGGAUGUUCACUAUCCUGUUUUAUCACAGUUCUUAACUAAAUUCUGAAGCUCUUUUCUCAAACUUCAAAAGUUUAGAAAAAAUACUUUCAAGUCUCUCAAAUGGUUGUUGACUGACUUGGAUUUUUUUUUUCUGGGUCCUGAUGUUUUGUAUAGCACUGGCAUCACCAAGGUGGGAUGUAUACAUGAACAGAACUAUGCAUCUUCUAUAUGCGUUGUAAUUCUAGGGCAGGAACUUAUAAAGAAUUAUCACAGGAGGAGUUCUCCUAUCACAGAGCAGUUAGCUAUGGAAAUACGAUCUCUGUUGAAGCAUACCUGGUGAGGUACAAACUGAACCCAAAUGGGUGGUUCUAAAGUAACCUGAAUAUAUGAAAUUUAAAAUACUAAUGUAUUUUUCUUAUACAUUCAUAAAGUACAAUUAAGAACUUGAAUUUUAAAAUUAGACUUUAGGGUUAGGGAUUUACAGUCUGUCUUGCUGAAGCUCUACCUUUGAACUUCAUGUGAGUGUGCUGUAUGUAAUGCUGUUCACAUUGCCCCCAGGAGACUCAUGUGAUGGAAGGAAAAAACCAAGUGUACUACUUAUGUAGUUCUUUCCUCCUGUGAAACUCAUCAAGGGGAAUUUCAGCAUUGGUACUGAUUUUUUUUCUCUUCCCUCCUAUGUUAAAAGACACACUCAGACUUUCUUUCCUGCCCUCUUUUUAUUGUGGGGAAGAGGCAUGGGGCAAGAGAUUAUGAAUCCUGUCCCCAUUCCUCAACUGGAGACAGAAGAGGAAGAGACUUGCAGAAGGUCCAAAGAGGGAGGACUGAACCACAAGUAUUGCAUAUCAUUUUUACAGUGCCAUGACAACUGAUCAGGUAAGAGACCUGUGGCUUUUGUUUUGCCAGAUAAGGAGCUGCAGAACUAAGCUGGUGUUUCUGGAGGCAGCUGGAUUCAACUGACUGGGGCGGGGGGCAACUUCACUUGCACUGAUGGAAAUCACUAGGGACAUUUUUACCUAGUUACUUGUAUAACUAGGAAUGGAGUGUCUCCUUGGAAGUGCAAAUUAACACAAAAUAAUUAAUUCGAUCAGAACUCAGUAGGUCAAACAUGCUCAGAAGGUCAAACAUGCUUUAUUAUUUUGUAGAUACUAAUCUUUUCUAUUUAAGGGUCACUUGUCAAAUGCAUGUUUAACAGAAAACUGAUAAUUUAGAGGGCAGUUAAAGCACAAGAGCAAAGCAAGAAUGCUGCACAGAGGUACACCAUUUUUCAUGGAAUUAGAAUUAUGUUUGUUUAAAACUAUUCCCUUAGUCCUGACAUUUUGGUUCAAAUGGAUGCUUAUCUGAAAAUUAUAUACCUUAGGUCAUCUCUGAAUUAAAAGUAAUUAAGUUUACUUUGUACUUGAAAAGCCUAGGUUUAGUUUUAAAAAACCUGUUGGGUCCAAAGACUUUGUUAUAUCUGCUAUCUAUCUUGUUAUAUUUCAGAUUGGAUUUAUUAGAUAACUGAUAACAAUUAUUCCCAAGGAGUAUGCUCUUCCUGAUAAGACUGUAAAGUAUUUUUGCAGCUGCUUAACUGUGCAUUUACAAGAACAUCAAAGAACUCCAAAGAAACUUACCUGUCUUAAUCCUUACUCAACUUAUUUGGGCUUUCACUACUCAGAACUGGAAGUAAUUACCAAAAGCAAGUCCUCUGAAGUAGAUGUUGGAUGUAGUUGUCUUCUACCAGUCCAAAUGGUGUAUUAUUCAACUGAGAUGUGUUUGUGCCAGAGUUGGGGGGAGGGAGGGCAUUGAUUCUGAAACCCCAAGCCAGUUCUGUGAAAGGAUGAGAUUUUGGGGAGUCUGUUCCCUGCCCCCCCAAGAACCAUGAUCAGAGUGUGGUCUACUAAUGCAAGUGGAAGCUGAGCACUUGCCAGCUGUGACAUAGCACAAGUACAGCUAGAGGUCUCUCUCCUGUCACUGUUACAAGGGUUGAGGGGGCACAGGCUGUCAAUCAAAAUUUCUUUCCAUUAUUACAGUAGCAGUUAAAAGGAGCAGUUGACUGUUACUUAAUUCUGUUGCUUUUAAAUAGAAAUUUUAGGGGUUUGGCAGGGAUUUUCUUAUACUACUUCCUGUCCUUUUCCUUUUGUGUAUGGCCUCUUUUGUAUACUCAGUUCCUAUGAUCAUUUUGGUCAAGUGUCUGUGGUUAGGAAGCAGUAAGCACAGUUUUAUUCCUUCUGUAACCAACUGUCUUAAGCUGUCCCUUUCCUACCUGCAAGGAAAGAAUAAUGUCAUUAUAAUGAGUUUUGACAUGUUUUUACCAUUUUUUUAAUGUAUAUUCUUACUGUAUACACAUUAACCAGGUUAAUGUGCAUGUUUUAUAGUAUUGCAACCUUUUAUGCUGCAUAUCUCAUUGACACUUUAAAAGGAAACUUUCUAAAAUGGCAAUUCCUGAGGGAAAUACUGUUGGAAGCAAUAGCUCUCACCAGUGCAAGCUAUAUUGUUUACUAUUUCUCCUCUGAGGGUUUUUUAUUUCUAAAAAUAAACAUCAUGCCAAUAACAGCCCUAGAGUAGAAUUUAAGCUUUAGCAUUAUAGCUUACCUAAAUAGCAAGUGAUAAAUAGGUUAAAUUGUGGAUGCUUUUAGUGUAAAACUCUUACUUCACCAAAGCAAGAUGGCUUGGAGUUUUAUAUGAAAUAAUACUGGGUACCCAUAUCCUGUGAUUUACUGGAUGUGGAGCUUUAGCUGUUGAGACCUUCAAAAGAUUUCAAUGUCUUAAUUAAAGCCUAUGCCUUGCCU